ACAAUUCUUAAAAUGAUAAACAAUUCCAUUACAUAACCUUUGUGAACUGUUUUGACAAUCAAUAACAAAAGAAAUUUAUAAAAAUUGUGAUAAAUUUUUAUUAUUAAAUCUGUGAUCAAAAUGCCUCCAGUAUGUGCAACUGUUCCUGCAAAAAGCAGUGAUUCUAAAAAUCGCUGGCGGGAACUCAGCGAAAAAUUAACUAAACAUGACGAAACCUUAAACAAAGGUGAAAAUUUAGAAAGUAAAGAUUGUGUAUUGCCACCUAAAAAUAGUACUGGAAAUACUAUUACGAAAAAAUAUUGCUCUAGUAUUUUGGAGCUGUACAAAAAGUUGAAGCUGGGUGGUAGUGGAAACAAAACCAAUAAUAAAGGAAAAGGUCCGUACACAGGUAAAGAUGGGUCCAAGGUGACGACAGUGGUGGCCACGCCAGGGCAAGGGCCAGACAGACCCCAAGAGGUGUCUUACACGGACACCAAGGUCAUAGGAAAUGGGUCCUUCGGCGUGGUAUACCAGGCCAAACUAUGUGACACUGGCGAACUCGUCGCCAUCAAAAAGGUGCUUCAAGAUAAACGUUUUAAGAAUCGUGAAUUGCAAAUAAUGAGAAGAUUAGAGCAUUGUAAUAUCGUUAAGUUAAAAUAUUUCUUCUACUCUAGCGGUGAAAAGAAAGAUGAAGUGUAUUUGAACUUAGUGCUCGAAUACAUACCAGAGACGGUGUAUAAAGUGGCGAGGCAUUAUUCCAAAUCUAAACAGACGAUACCUAUCAGCUUUAUAAAGCUGUACAUGUACCAGCUGUUCAGGAGCCUGGCGUACAUCCACUCCCUGGGCAUUUGCCAUCGCGACAUCAAGCCCCAGAAUUUACUCCUGGACCCGGAAACGGGCGUAUUGAAAUUGUGUGAUUUUGGCAGCGCUAAGCAUUUGGUCAAAGGCGAAGCAAAUGUCUCGUACAUUUGUUCGCGUUACUACCGAGCCCCUGAACUUAUAUUUGGGGCCAUCGAUUACACUACUAAAAUCGAUGUAUGGAGUGCGGGUUGUGUACUAGCAGAAUUGUUGCUGGGACAGCCGAUUUUCCCAGGAGAUUCGGGAGUAGAUCAACUGGUCGAAAUAAUCAAGGUUCUGGGGACACCAACAAGGGAACAAAUUAGAGAGAUGAAUCCCAACUAUACAGAAUUUAAGUUCCCGCAGAUAAAGUCACAUCCCUGGCAAAAGGUAUUCCGCACACGGACACCGAGCGAGGCAAUAAACCUGGUGUCCCGGUUAUUGGAAUACACUCCUGGUGCUCGCAUAUCACCGCUGCAGGCGUGCGCGCAUUCGUUCUUCGCGGAACUCAGAGAAACGACAACGCGCCUGCCGAACGGCAGGGAGCUGCCGCUAUUGUUCAACUUCACUGAACAAGAACUGUCCAUACAACCCAGCCUGAACUCCGCCCUUUACCUCGCACGUCCGCGGGCCCCACCGGUGGUUCCACCACCGUCUCCUCCACGGCGGACUCGUCAACGGCAGCAGGGAGCGGAGCAGGAGCCGCCGGAGUCACGUCAUCUACGCCGCCGUCGGCACGGCUGA